CCGCUAUAAAAUCCCCCUGUCGCUCUUUCCAUUUCUCAGUGGAUUGCGCUUCAAGAAACCUUCCGAUCAAGAGAAAGUUCGAGAGAGAGAGAGAGAGAGAGAGAGAGAGAGAGAGAGAUGGGGUGGAAAUGGGAAGACGAAGGCGACGACGAGCAAUGGAAUUCGAUCUCGAUAUCAUCACGAAAAGGAAAAGGAGGAUUUGGGGAUCUCGUGAACCCUAACCCUAGGGAUUCGAUGGAGGAGCACUGCUCAACGAGGAGGAUCGUGAGAUCGAGCUGCAGGACCGAGGAGGUGGAGCCCGGGCGAUUCGUUAGGAAGUGCGAUAAGACUGAAGAGAUCCUUAGGGAUUGUCUUGGGAGGCCUGUAGAAGUCGUGGAAUCUAAAACCGAGCGCACUGAGGAGGAUGUUACAGAUGAAGUAACCAGCGGCAGGCACUCUUUCGAGUCAUCAGGAGUUGUGCCUUUCAAUUUUCCUGGGCUCCGUAGCGACAUUGACUCCAUUGAACGAGGCUUGUUUGGCGGCCUGAAUCAGUUCCUGGAGGCAGCUGAAGAGAUGGCCAACGGAAUCUUCGGAUCUUUCAACAUCCCCAGUCGCCGCAAUGGAGAAACUCCACCAUUUGGUAGAUCUUUCCCUGCAGAGAAGCAGUAUGAAAGAGAUGCUUCUAAGCAAAAGGAUGAUCCUUAUUCUGAGCUGGCAGGAGAGGUUACAGAUGUGUAACUUCCCUAAGUUUCAAGAUGCUGUCAUUGAUUCAGAAAGCUGCUUUUUGUGAGCGAAGAUAAAGUGAUGUGAACCAUACGGUGUCAGAUAUGCAAGUAUGUUAUUAAUAUUAUGAUGGUAUAAAGUAUGUUACUAUGUUACUGUUCCCAAUUUUGCUGACAGAUCGUAUAACUAUAUAUGUAGAGUACGCUGACCCAUGGGCGCGCUGUUGUUUCAAGGAUGUUGAUCGUAUCAUGUUCGAUCAAAUAUUUGUAUUAUGAUAUCCAAUCCAGCGCGUCCUCAUUGGCGAUCGUGAGUUAAUCUUACAUACGCUCAGUUUAGACUGCCGUGAGGUUCGCUGGCUUGUUAACUUGGGAUUUUAAGCGAUCAAUUUUAGGUACUUUUGGAGCGCGAAAGGUUCGGUUGGUAUUCUAUUCUAGCAAAUCUCAUUUAGAAUCUUUGAUAAUUUUGCCAUUGCACGCAGGUCUCUAUGCAUCGUUCUAUAUUUCCCCCCCAAUUAAUUUCUUGUGUGUGUGUCUCUCUUCAGAACGUGUGCGCAACUUACGAUUUCCGUUGGGACUUCUAAUCUAAUAGAACAAUGGAUUUUUUGUGCUGGA